AAUAAAUAAAAUACAUUUUCAUAUUUAGCUCAAAUAGCUAAGGAAGACGUAAAAAGGAAAUCUAGGAGUUUGGACUAAAGAAACUGCGGUUGCUGACACAAAAAACAGAACGCUUGACAAACUCAACAGAUCAGUCAGAAUCUGCAGGGAAACGAUACGUAUCCACAUCAGGACUGGCUGGGAUGAGGAAAAGUUGCCAGUAUACAGACAUGCGAGGGGAGGAUGGACAGAGGCUGGUAUUCCAUUCCAAGUUCCCCUCGAAGAGGCACCAUGUGUACGUACAGUAGAAGCAGUAAAGAGGGAAUGUCAAGAGCUCGCAGCGACCUCAGUCCUCCUCCUCGGGUUCAAGUUUCAGAAGAGCUGUCCGCUAAUAAGGAGCGGAUGUACACAGUCGUUGAGCCAUGCCUUGCAGGAGCUAAAAAUGCUUUAAUUGAAGAUGGGGACAACAGGAUGAAGUCAAGAAGUUGUGUAUUUCAAUGUGUAGGAUUUUGCCUAUCGUUCCUUGGUUGGAUGUGCUCUUUGGCAACCACGGUUCUACGCGAUUGGAUGUCAAUGAACAACGACUUACUGGUGACAGAGGAGUUCUUCAUUGGCAUCUGGGAGGCGUGCGUUGCUCAAGAGGAAGGGAAUGUCCAGUGCAAGGCCUACGAUAGUAUCUUCACACUACCAGAGGACAUUCAACUGGCUCGAAUCUUCAUGUGCACGUCCAUUGCCUUUGGCCUGCUGAGCUUGGUGCUCUCCCUGUCCGGGUCGACAUCUGUCACCUGCUGUGGUGAUGAUGCCAAAAAGGGGAGGUUAAUGGUCUGCGGUGGAGUCCUCGCUAUUCUGGCUGGAGUUACGACCCUCAUCCCGGUGUCCUACGUAGCGCACUUGACAGUGCUGAAGUUCUGGAAUACUGACAUUCCCGAUUUUGUCCCACGUUGGGAGUUUGGCCAGGCUUUGUUUGUUGGUUGGGCUGGUGGCUUUCUCCUGUCGCUCGGUGGUCUUUUGCUGAUCAUUGCCCAGUGCUGCUUCAGAAAACCCAAGAGCAAGCUUCAACUGAAGCCACCAUUACAAACUGCAAGGAGACAACUGUGGUAUAAAGUGGAGUACGUCUAAGUGUAAACGUGGUCUCCUUUACAAUGCAGUUAGCCUAAACUUCCUCUUAGUUUGUGACAGCAUAUUAAACUGUCACAGGGCCGACCACCGUUUGGACAUUCAAUAGCACCCGAGCUCCAAGGCCUCGGACGCUACUGAAUUGGCCCUAUCCAAGGUAAGUUCUUUUCCCCAGUGCAUUGGAAAUGUUGUCCAGGCCCAGGCAUUUGCAGGAGAGAGAGAUCCAAGUGAGGGGAAGGGGGGGUGGGGGGGGGGGGGGGGGAGGGUGGUGUGGGGUGGGGGGGGGAGGGUGCAAAGAUGAAGGCCAAGCACCAGCAGUGAGGGGUUUGGUUGACGGCAGUCCAAUUGGUGUGGGAACCCUGCUCUUGCUCUUUGAGGGUGUGGAUUGGCAGAUUUAGGGGUUACAAUCACCACUUGGAAGGUUGGGGGUGAGGUUGGUGGUCAUGUGAUCAGUGUGUGGGGGCAGAGAGAGGGGUCAGGUGCCAAGUGCCUACCGCCUGUGGAUCAGGUUGGUCGAUUCGUGGAAUGGGUGUUUGCAGUGGGCAUGAAUUUGGAGGUGUAUUGUGGUCAGUGCCAUUGGCGAGGUGGGGGGUGGGGAGGGCUUUAUGUGGAAGGCCUGAAGAUGAGCCAUUCAUUAAAUAACCUAAGGAGGACCUAACUGAGUUAGUUUCUGAGAUUUAGCCUGGGACAUGGCUCAGAGAGGUACCCAAGUCAGCAGAGCAGGUCCCAAGCACUAUGGAAACAUAUUUCUGUGGGACCAUUCCAUCAUGACUGUAGCCCCUAAAACCAUCACCCAGACAAGUGUUCCACACCAUUGGACGCCAUUCUAUUUGUCUGUGAUUUUCUGUGCGUUACAGGUUAACCAUAUAGUGUAAUCCAAAACAGAAAUAUCAGAUUUAGCAAUCCAUGCUGUUUGUUUUUGAUUUUCAUUGUCAUCUUAAAUUUCACAGAAAUUGUAUUAUACAAUGCAGAACAAUGUGAUGUGAUUUCAUUUCCAGGAAAACACACUUGAUAGAACUGCUCUUGGUUUGAUCCGUGCUUCAAAUGGUUUGCAAUGUUUUGAAAACAAAAAGACUCUUUCCCCCCCCCCUUUUUCACUAUAAAUCUGUUCUGUGCCAAACUUUGCUUGUUAAUCUAUUCUCAGAACAUUCAGACAGGUACAGCACAGCAACAAACUGAAGCUAUUUGUUACAUUCUGCUCUUACAAUAACCAGCAUUGUCGUGCUUGGGAGUUGAAUCUUUUCCUUUAUGACCCAGAACCAAUAAUGUAAUACUCUUUUGCAACCUUACACCCAUAUUAGCAUUACUAACUACCUGUGCACAUGCACAAAUACAAGCUGUUGUGAUCAUUUGCGAUUUCAAUGUCACGAGGAUAUGUUACUGUCGAAGAGAUGGGAAAAAAUUAAGAUUAGGUAUGUGUAUGGAAAGGCUACUCAUCCUACGUAAAUCUUGGGUCUUCAAUAAAGAUGAUCAAUUGA